AACCAGAAACUAAACUCCGAACCAAAAUUGCGCUCAAACGACGCGCGGUUGUGAAAGAGAAACGAACUCCGAUCUCGGUCCAGGAUCACGUGCGCUACUGCGUCAUUGCGUGUUUAUCUCUAGUUCCACUCCCGCCUCACCUACGCCGUGCUGAAAUACGCGUUUUACAGGUGCGAAAUGAACCAAAAAUACGCGGUGCACACCCCUACGACACGCCGGUACACCCCGGAUUUUUCUCUGUGAUCUCGGUGUCUGUGCUUAUCAGUAUUGUGACGUAUCCAGAGAUGACUUGUUGAACUGUGCCGCGAGAAUCUGUUUUGCGAUUUGGCGCUUCAAGUUAUUACGACGCAGAAUAAAUUUAGCUGGUCCGCAACGCCACUUCCAACAGUUGUUGUAUAACUUGUUUGGUAUUUCUUAACUCUUGAUGACAGUUCUUUGGUUUUCUAUGUUCGGGGGUGCGUUACAGAGUGCUUGUGCCGAAACAUAGAAUUUCGAGGUAUCAUAGAUUAUUUUUAGUGGGUGCGUUCCGAUAUCGCCGUUUUGAUGAACGGAGACGCUUUCAACAACUGGACGGUGCCUGGCAUGAGUAUGAACAUGGUGAAAAUGGAGCCUCUGCAGGAGUUGGACGGUUUCGAGCCGCAGACAAGGGCUAGAUCCAACACGUGGCCCUUGCCACGGCCUGAAAAUUACGUAGAGCCUGGAGAUGAAGGAAGCAACAAGUGCGCUGGAUUGCCAGGGCCGGCUCAGGCUGCCACACAGGUGCCCGCUAAGAAAAAUUCCAGCAGGAGAAAUGCCUGGGGUAAUCUUAGCUAUGCAGACCUGAUAACGCAGGCCAUCACAUCUUCGCCUGACAAGAGGCUGACGUUGUCGCAGAUUUACGAGUGGAUGGUGCAGAACGUACCUUACUUCAAGGAUAAGGGUGACAGCAACAGUUCAGCAGGAUGGAAGAACUCCAUCCGCCACAACCUCUCCCUCCACAACAGGUUCAUGAGGGUGCAGAACGAAGGCACCGGAAAAUCGUCUUGGUGGAUGAUCAACCCCGACGCCAAGCCUGGUAAAUCGGUGAGGAGACGGGCGGCGUCCAUGGAGACCAGCAAAUUCGAGAAACGACGAGGUAGGGUAAAAAAGAAGGUUGAGAUGCUGAGGAAUGGCAUCUUGCACGAUACAACCCCCAGUCCUAGUUCGUCGAUAUCGGAAGGGUUGGAUAAGUUUCCCGAUUCUCCCAUACACAGUGGCUUUCAACAAAGCCCGGACUUCAGACCAAGAGCCUCCUCCAACACCUCCUCCUGCGGGAGGCUCUCCCCCAUACCGUCGGUAGCCGAGCUGGAGCCGGAAUGGGGAUCACCAAAGUACAACACCAACUACAGCCCGGAACUAGGAUCCAACUACUCUCCAGACACGCUGGCCGGCAACCUCCAACAGACCAUGAAACUGGACACGGAUUAUAUAGGAUACCUGAACGGACACACGCCGACACAGCCCCAGCCGCCCCCACCCCCUUACACAGCACCCUUCGAUAAUUUCCCAGGAAGGACCUUACAUGCCACAUCACCGUACGGAGUCACGCAGUGUCCGAUGCACAGAACGCAGAACUGCGUUUGCAUGUCGAUCAAAGUUGAGAGGAUGUCACCAACCGGAAUGUCCCCCUCCUAUCCCCACUCAGAACCCUCUCCAGACCCCCUAGGCAGCCAAUACAUGCUCAAUAGAAACAUGCUGCCCAGGCCGCCCUCCCCCAGUCCCCCCCUAACCCCCCAACCCACUCAUCAUACCGGCAUCGCGUCCACCAUGAUGGGUCAGCUGAUGGGAGCCCUGAACCAGAACCAGCUGGACGACCUGAGCAUCAUGGAACUCCACGGAAGUUUCGAUUGUAACGUUGAAGAACUGAUAAAGCACGAGCUGAACAUGGACGGCAGCUUGGACUUCAACUUCCAGAACCAGCCCCAGGGCGCGCCGCUGCAACAGGAAAACCAGACGGGGUUGCCGGCUAGUCAGGCGAACGGUCCCCCGCCCUACUCCGCCGCUGUGACGGCCGUCACGACGCCGUCCUGGGUACAUUAGCGAUGAGUGCUGAAGAAGAUUCACCGAAACCUAGUGCUUUUUGAAGCGUAGCAGAGUUAAAGAGAGAACCGUAGUCCAUCAGCCAUAUUUGUUGAAAGAAACGUAAGGAUGUAAUGUUGUUAUGAUCUCGUGUUAUGCUCAUCAAUAAAUAUUAAUUGUUUGUACAGAAAUAUUCUAUAUUUGCUUACUUUUUUAUGUUCCGAAAAAGGGGAGACUUUGUUGAAAAUGGAUGUAAAGUUACGUUCACCUCUUGUAAUUCUCAUUUCUUAGGUGCCAUUUUUUCAGACAUAGAAGUGUCCGUUGACUUGUAAUGAUGCCCGUGGGCUAGAAGAAGCUUUUCCGGCAUCAAUAUGCAUAAUAUUGAGUGUAGAAUUGUGAACAACCUUAGUUGGCAGCUAAGGAAGACAUUUCAUGUUUUUAUUAAUAGGCAAAUUUUUUAAAUUUAUAAUGUAUAUUCUAAGGCCAGAUUAUUAUAUAUAGUGUAAUAUAAAGAAAUAAUAUAAUGAAUUAUAGAGAAGAAACAGCAUUGCCAACUGGUGAAAAGUAAAUUGUUGUACAUAGAUUUAGGUUCUAGGUGCUUCGCGUACCUUUUGUUGAUUUAGUUUUAAAACAUGGACAGAUUUCGAAAAAAAAACGUACAUUUGAAUUUUUUAAACGAAGGGAAAUCUUUAUUUUCACGCACUCUCGUAUUUUUAUAUUGAGAAUUGAAUUUUUCUAUUAGUCGUACCGAUGGAAUUUUCGAAAGCUGUCCGCCUCAUUUUUUUCAUACGCCAUAUAGGUUCUGGUCGAGAAGUUGAGGUCUUUUUGGAAGUUUAGAGUCAUGGUUUCAUUUAAAUUUAAUUUUUUACAUGUAGAUUGUAGAAAAUUCGAUGUAUUAAAGGAGAUCCCUUGAUUGACGAAUGACUAGAAAUUUUUCUCAUCUCCUGGUUCCUUUUCAAAAUCCACAUUUUUUCUAAAUUUAUGAAGUUGAUUUCAUAUGGUUUUUAUGAGCGUUGUAUUGUAUAUAAUUUCGUUUCGAGUCUGAUCGAAAAUCUGGAUUUUUUCGUCUCCAACUUAGUCAAUUAAUCGAGAACUAAAAUGAAGUCAAUUUGUACAAAAUAUUUUUCCAAUUUAUGACGUAAUUAACGAAACAAGCACUCUGGUGCUGAUUCUCAUCAACGACGAAUUUCUAAAAAUCGAUACAUUUUCAUGCGCGCACUGAGGUUGAAGAAAAACAACGAAAUAUUUUUGUGUGUUUUGAUUAUAUUAAAACGUAAUGUGGAUACAAAAAAAAACACUGUACUUAUGGAGCACUUGCACCGCAGUGCACAGAUACAGUGAUGGUUGAGUCAGGUGCCUCCAUUUUUUCUUUUCUUUUGAAAUAUGCAACACAUGAAUGCUAAUUUUAAGAAAAUUAUAUAUGAAUAUUAUAAAUUCACAUAUUGCUGUUCACAAAAAUAAAAACUAAAACCAUAAA